UUGGGUCGCUGUCGUCUGCCGGACUGCGUGUCCGCCCCGCCCGACGUGAUCGCAUCGCCCAAAGCAUCACCCCGCCAUGGUCUUCUUGGUCUCGUCUAGCUCCAAUUCCCCUCAAUUAUGGCCUCAAAAUACCCUCCCGUCCAAGGAGGCGGCUCUCUGAUUCUUGCCUGGCAAGUCAAGCAAAAGAAUAUCCUGGUUAUCGGUGGUGGGGAGGUAGCUGCUGGUCGGAUCCUACAUGCCCUCAACGCCGAUGCCAAAGUGACCGUCGUCUGUCCGGCCUCCGGUCUCAACGAUGAAGUGGCCUUUCGAGUGUCUGAGGGCCAAGUCUCGCAUAUCGACCGAAACUUCGAGCCGACCGACCUCGACGAGGCGGACAUGGUCCUGUGUGCCAUUGACGACCCGGAAGCUUCCACACAAGUUUGGAAACUGUGCAAGGAGAAGCGGAUACCGGCUAACAUUGCCGAUGUGCCUCCAGAGUGCGACUUUUACUUUGGUAGCGUGCAUCGCGACGGUCCAUUGCAGGUGAUGGUCAGCACGAACGGAAACGGCCCGAAGCUUGCCAGCAUUGUGCGGAAGAAGAUCGCCGAAACCCUUCCCGAUAACAUGGGUGCGGCCAUAGACAAUGUGGGCAAAUUGCGGAAGAAACUCCGGGAGGUUGCUCCUCUGGCGGAGGAGGGGCCUAAAAGAAUGAAAUGGAUGUCUGGAGUCUGUGAGUCGUGGAGUCUGGAUGACCUGGUCCAAAUGAACGAUCAAGACAUGGAUGGUCUCUUGGCCCAUUACAAGUCCGGCAAGAUCCCACCGUUGGAAGAAAUCCGAUCGAGCUGAGUGCAAUUUGGCUCGACGUUUCCGCCGUCCUCGCCGUUGUAUGAUACGAUUUAUGAAGCACUACCAUGAAAUAUGAUGCCUAACGUAUGGGAUGGUGAAAAAUAGAAAUGUCCGCUCUUUUAUAGUUCUGAUGUGUACAUACAUGUAUAAAGCCCUGCUCAAAUGAAGAAACCC